GACUGAUUGGAAAUAAUAUGGCGGACGACAAGGUGGUGAUACCGGACGAAAUCUGCUAGAAACGACAAUUUGCUUCUGUAUUGAUGUAAUGUUGGAUAUUCAUUGAUAAUGCAACAAGGCACACGGCCACAAGAUAUGUUUCUAACACGUGCGCUUGAGAAAAUCUUGAGCGAUAAAGAAAUUAAGAAGGCACAUCACUCUCAACUAAAACGAGCUUGUGAGGUGGCACUCGAGGAACUAAAGAAAGACAGUGUUGUUCGCAAAGAUGACAAAUUGUCUUCUGCCCUGCCGAUGCCUAUACAGGCAGGCUUUGUGGAGGCAGACAAGUACUUCAUGCCAUUUGAGUUGGCAUGCCAGUCGAAGAGUUCUCGUAUCGUAAACACAGCACUUGACUGUCUCCAGAAGCUAAUUGCAUAUGGGCACCUUACUGGGAACACCCCUGAUAGUACAACCCCGGGGAAGCGUCUUAUCGACCGAAUCGUCGAGACAAUAUGUGGUUGCUUCCAUGGACCCCAGACAGAUGAAGGUGUUCAACUGCAAAUCAUUAAGGCUCUGUUGACGGUGGUGACAUCAAACACAUGCGAGAUACACGAGGGGACAGUUCUCCAGACUGUACGCACCUGUUACAACAUCUACCUGGCCAGUAAGAACCUCGUCAACCAGACGACAGCCAAGGCCACCCUUACACAGAUGCUAAAUGUUAUCUUCAUGAGAAUGGAGAAUCAAGCCGUACAGGAGACAAAACAGAGAGAAAGAACAGCCAGUAAAUUGUCAACCAAGAAGGAUGAAGACAGAGAAUCUCCUAAACCUGAAACACAACCAGAGAGUGAUGCAGGUGUCAGUGAUAUGGAGACGCCCAGGGAACAGGUGAACGGCCCUGACUCAGGAGAGAAGAAAGGGGACGAAGAACUGACAACAGAACAGGUCGUCAGUAAUGUAUUGGAAGAUAUCCUGGACCAGGUCACUCAAGUUCAAGUUUCACCUUCUCCAGAAAGUGAUGAACCCAACCCUGCUGUAAACGAUUCAGUUUCCCCUCAGUCUUCCCAGAAUGCAACAGAACCUUCCCAGAAUGCCACCGAGUCUGCCCCCUCCUUGUCGGGGAGUAGCAAAUCAGGCAGUUCUUUUGGCCUGAACAAGCUGGAUGCUGAGGAUGGGGAUACCCUCGAAGGCCAGGAUGGGCAGGAGAUGGCCCAGGGUGUAUUCGCUCACAUUCUACAAAAGGACGCCUUCCUUGUCUUCAGGAGUCUGUGUAAACUUAGCAUGAAGCCCCUCGCUGAUGGUCCACCUGACCCAAAAUCCCACGAGCUGCGGUCCAAGAUCCUGUCUCUACGCCUCCUGUUAUCCAUACUUCAGAACGCUGGUCCAGUGUUUCAGACCAACGAGAUGUUCAUCAAUGCUAUUAAACAGUACUUGUGUGUAGCUCUGUCUAAGAAUGGGGUCAGUUCUGUACCCGAGGUGUUCGAGCUCUCACUCGCUAUAUUUCUCACACUCCUGUCCAACUUCAAACAGUACCUGAAAAUGCAGAUCGAGGUUUUCUUCAAGGAAAUUUUCCUGUCUAUCCUGGAGACCCCCAGCAGUUCCUUUGAUCACAAAUGGAUGGUGAUCCAGGCACUAACCAGGAUAUGUGCAGAUGCCCAGUGUGUUGUGGACAUCUAUCUUAACUACGACUGCGACUUGACGCUGGCUAACAUUUUUGAACGGCUGGUAAACGAUUUAUCCAAGAUCGCUCAGGGCAGACAUGCUCUGGCUUUAGGUGCCACGCCCAACCAGGAGAAGAGCAUCCGUAUCAAGGGUUUAGAAUGUCUAGUGUCCAUACUGAAAUGUAUGGUGGAAUGGAGUAAAGAUUUAUACAUCAACCCACACUCUCAGUCAAAUCUAGGUCAAGAAAGUAAACCAUGUAAUGACACGGACAAUGAUUCUGGAAACAGCACAAUGAAAAGUUACGGCAGUGUUAAUUCCAUCAACUCGACAAGCAGCUCACAGGCGCCUAGUCUGUCCCUCGAUAAUCCAGAGGAGUUCGAAAGCAUCAAACAACAGAAGGAGAUUAUGGAAAGCGGCAUAGAAAUGUUUAACAAGAAGCCGUAUAAAGGUUUACACUACCUACAAGAACAGGGUAUGCUGGGUACGGCACCAGAUGAUUUAGCAGAAUUCUUCCAUUCAGACGAACGUCUUGAUAAGACCGUUGUUGGUGAUUUCUUGAGUGAAAAUGAAAAACUCAACAAGGAGGUGAUGUAUGCAUACAUUGAUCAGAUGGAUUUCGUAGAGAUGAAUUUUGUGCCCGCACUUCGUCGGUUCCUAGAAGGAUUUAGGCUACCAGGCGAGGCUCAGAAAAUAGACAGACUUAUGGAGAAAUAUGCAUCUCGAUAUUAUGAGUGCAACUCAAAUACGGAAAUCUUCGCCACUGCUGAUGCGGCCUAUGUGUUAGCCUAUUCUGUGAUUAUGUUGACAACAGAUCUCCAUAGUUCCCAGGUUAAAAUUAAGAUGACAAAGGAACAAUACAUCAAGAUGAACCGGGGUAUUAAUGACAGUAAGGAUCUGCCAGAGGAAUAUCUUUCUGCCAUUUAUGACGAGAUCGCCGGGAACGAGAUUAAGAUGAAAGUGUCUGGCUCGACCAAAGCAACAUCUACAGUUCCUAAGGACAUCACCAGCGAUAAGCAGCGGCGUCUGUUGUAUAACCUGGAGAUGGAACAGAUGGCUCACACAGCCAAGGCUCUGAUGGAGAGUGUGAGUCACGUGUCGUCCAACUUCACCAGUGCCACCCACCUAGAGCAUGUCCGACCUAUGUUUAAGAUGGCAUGGACACCCUACUUAGCAGCGUUCAGCGUUGGUCUACAGGACUGUGAUGACAUCACUAUAGCCAGUCUAUGUCUGGACGGACUUCGGUGUGCAAUUCGUAUAGCAUGUAUAUUUCAUAUGGAGAUUGAGAGAGACGCCUAUGUACAGGCUCUAGCAAGAUUUACUCUCCUGACCGCAGCAUCUCCCCUGACAGAAAUGAAGACAAAGAAUAUCGACACCAUUAAAACACUCAUAUCUGUCGCUCACACAGAUGGAAACUACCUUGGCCGGUCUUGGCUUGAGAUUCUGCGAUGUAUAUCACAACUAGAACUAGCACAAUUAAUUGGUACUGGGGUCAAACCAAGGUCAGCCCACCACCAUCAUAACCGAGGCAAUGUGGACAGUGCAGGUCACCCGAUCGAGGCAUUCGACCCAGAAGUGAUAGCACGGGGAGGUUUGGAUUCUAAGAGACUAGCAAACCUUCAGGAACAGAUGGGAGAGACAAGUUCCCAGAGUGUAGUGGUCGCAGUCGACCGAAUCUUCACAGGAUCUGUCCGCUUGGAUGGAGACGCUGUUGUGGAGUUCACACGUGCACUGUGUCACGUAUCACUAGACGAGCUUGCCAACGUAAACCAUCCACGUAUGUUCAGCCUGACCAAGAUCGUGGAGAUUUCCUACUAUAAUAUGGGGCGUAUCAGGCUGCAGUGGUCUCGGAUCUGGCAGGUCCUCGGUGACCACUUUAACAAGGUUGGCUGUAACCCUAAUGAAGACAUAGUGUUUUUUGCUGUCGAUUCCCUUCGCCAACUUUCUAUGAAGUUUAUAGAGAAAGGAGAGUUUGCCAAUUUUAGAUUCCAGAAAGACUUUCUCAGGCCUUUUGAACAUAUCAUGAAGAGAAACAGAUCUCCCACGAUACGAGAUAUGGUUGUGAGGUGUGUUGCCCAGAUGGUUAACUCACAGGCAGGAAACAUUCGCUCCGGCUGGAAAAACAUCUUCAGUGUCUUUCACCUCGCGGCCUCGGACCACGACGAAGGCAUUGUAGAGUUAGCUUUCCAAACGACGGGCAAAAUCAUCUCUAGUAUAUUUGAAAAGCACUUCGCGGCUGUGAUAGACUCCUUCCAAGACGCUGUGAAAUGUCUGUCGGAGUUUGCGUGUAACGCAGCGUUCCCAGACACUAGUAUGGAGGCAAUCCGUCUCAUCAGAAACUGUGCCAAAUAUGUCGCUGAAAAACCACACAUGUUCCGUGAACAUGCUGGCGACGAAAUCAACGUUCCUGAAGAAGACCGGGUGUGGGUGAAGGGCUGGUUCCCUGUUCUGUUCGAGCUCUCCUGUGUUAUUAAUCGAUGUAAAUUGGACGUCCGAACCAGAGGUCUGACAGUGAUGUUUGAGAUAAUGAAGACGUACGGCGAGACAUUCCAGAGUCAUUGGUGGAGAGAUCUGUUCCAAGUCGUCUUCCGUAUCUUUGACAAUAUGAAGCUACCUGAGCAGCAGAAUGAGAAGGCAGAGUGGAUGACAACAACUUGUAACCAUGCAUUGUAUGCAAUCGUGGAUGUGUUCACGCAGUACUACGAGGUCCUACAUGACGUACUUCUCUUAGAGUUGUACCAGCAGCUCCAGUGGUGUGUACGCCAGGACAACGAACAGCUCGCCCGCUCCGGUACCAACUGUCUGGAGAAUCUUGUUAUCUCAAACGGCGAGAAGUUCUCUUCCACAAUCUGGCACAGAACUUGUACCUGUAUGUUAGACAUAUUUAGAAAUACCAUUCCACUCAGUUUGUUGACGUGGCGACCGGAAACGCCCGACACGCCUGAGUCCCCGUCAUCACUAGUAAAGCAGAACACAAUUGUGGAAAAUGAUGUUGCAUACAUGGGUGAUGAUGGUCAGGACAGCAUCUCUAUGGAAGGUAGCCAUGACAAUAGAUCGCUGAAGCGUGCCGACAGUAACCACAGUGUGAAUAGUUCCGUAUCACAAGAGUCGAGGGAACACAAGAUCCCACGUUCUAAAGUAUCCACAGAUCAGAAGUUAUUCCAGGGGCUGCUCAUCAAAUGUGUAGUACAGUUGGAACUGAUACAGACCAUAGACAACAUUGUCUUCUUCCCCACCACAAGCAAGAAGGAAGAUGCUGAGAAUUUGGCAGCUGCUCAGGGGGGCAUGUCAGUGGGCGGGACCCCAGCACAGGAGGAGGACCAGGGCAUGUACCAAUACCUCAAGUCUGACCAACUGUUUCUCCUCGCCGACUGUCUGAAGGAGUCGCACAGCUUCGCCAAGGAUUUCAAUGCCAAUCAUGAACAGCGGAACACUUUGUGGAAAGCAGGAUUCCGCGGCAAGGCCAAGCCUAACCUCCUUAAACAGGAGACUCAGAGUCUAGCCUGUCUAUUCCGCAUCCUGUUCCGCAUGUACGAUGAUGAAGCUCGCGAGGAUGCCUGGGAUGACAUUGAGAAACGACUUAUUCAGACAUGCCAGGAGGCAUUAGACUAUUUCCUGUCGCUUCAAUCGGACAGCCAUCGUGAGGCCUGGAGUAGUCUUCUUAUCCUUAUUCUUACCCGCCUCCUCAAGAUGUCCGACAAAAGGUUCAAGGUCCAUGCCCAAGCUUACUACCCGUCCAUCUGUGAAGUGCUAAUGUUUGAUCUGAAGCUAGAAAUGAGGUCUAUCUUACGCAAAUUCCUGCUGCGGAUGGGCCCUGUAUUCAGCAUAACCUCAAGCUAGUGAUAACCAGCAGCCUCCACCAUACAUCAGCAAGGAUAGAACCAGAGUAGUCCUAUAUUGAAUGUCAAUAUACCUGUAAGGGUCAUUGUACAGAAUACCUGUAAAUGUCGUUAUACUGGAUACCUGUAAAUGUCAUUAUACUGGAUACCUGUAAAUGUCGUUAUACUGGAUACCUGUAAAUGUCGUUAUACAGGAUACCUGUAAAUGUCGUUAUACAGGAUACCUGUAAAUUUCGUUAUACAGGAUACCUGUAAAUGUCGUUAUACAGGAUACCUGUAAAUGUCGUUAAACAGGAUACCAGUAAAUGUCGUUAUACAGGAUACCUGUAAAUGUCGUUAUACAGGAUACCUGUAAAGGUCGUUAUACAGGAUACCUGUAAAUGUCGUUAUACAGGAUACCUGUAAAGGUCGUUAUACAGGAUACCUGUAAAGGUCAUUAUACAGGAUACCUGGUAAAGGGCACUAUUUUUAAGGGGAUCUAUUUUUCGCUUUAUUCAAUUAUAAACUGAAUGCAGAAAAUAGGAGCCUGUUUCAUAAUUUCCGCAAAGAUAUACAGUCUGUUAGCUUCAAACUUUCAGUAAAUUGCAGGAAUUGGAAGGAAAACGACAUUUUCAGUACACAAUGGUAUUCAGUCCUUGAGAUGUAACUUUAAUUCAUGAAGUUGCAACUCAAAAUCUUAAAGAACUUUUUAUAUUUGAAGUACCAGACAUAUUUGCAGUAUAAGUGUGUAUACCAUGAAAUGGUUAGAAGUUGUGUUGAGUGUGGUGCGACAUUAUUUAUUUGAUACAAUGUGAGUGACCAUUUAAAUCCAGUAAUAACUCUGAAUUCUCGACUGAUCUACUAAAAAGUGGUGACAGAGCUGUGGUCACUGGAAGCAUUUCAGGAGGAAUUUUGUCAAGAUUUUGCAGGUCUGCAGCUUUGUAAUGACCUGUUCAAUUUUUCUUCCCUAGUUUUUAAGUGUGGCAAUGCAAUGUCUCUAAUGAUGGACAAAAUGCACAAAAAUGCAGUUAAUUUAGGAGGGACACAUAUUUACCUAAAGCUAGCUUAUGAAAUUACCAUUGUAAAAUGUUGACCUGAUCAGUGGUGUGAUAUGUGAGACAUGAUGAAAAGGCAGUGUAUUGGUUCUGUGACUUAUAUUUACUGCUCUCAUCACUAUAAUGUUAUUGCUGGUGGGGAAUUUUUGGGGAUUUGCUAAUCAUUUAAUCCUUUAUUUAAUUAUUAGCCGCCAAAAUUGUAUGAAGCAUUAAAACAUGUUAUAAUAUACAUAGUUCCUUAUUCCAAAACCCAAUAUACCUACCUCAGUAUGGCCUGAGAGAUAGGUUGUUGUGUUUUGUUUUUUUUUUGGGGGGGGGGGGGGGGGGAUAGAGUGUAAUGGAGAAGAUAAUUCUUUUGAUUUUAAUAUAUAUUGGGUUUCAGGAUUCUGAGAAAUAUAUGUUUAUCCAUACAAUUCUGAUGGCUAUUUAUUUUACAUCCUAAAGGCACUAAAGACAUUAACAUGUUAGGGAUGACUAGAUGUGCAUAAAUACUGUAUGUAUGAAAUGUCUGUAAGUGUUACAUGUUUAAAUGCAGGAAAACUUGUACAAUAUUUGAUAUUUAUGGAAGAUAUUUAAAGACAUGUAUGAGAGUUUGACAGGUGACAUGCAAAAGAAUUGUCUUUUUCCUGCAAUGGCCAUUUCGCUUGAUAUUUGUUGUAUGCAUUUUUUUAUUCCAUGAUACACUGACGUUUAACCCGGUCCAUAUUAACAUUCCCCCAGCAGCAACACAUUGCCAGUAAUUUCUGUAACACAUGACACACCAAUGAAUCUCGUGAUGAACCAGACAGGAUUUGAUUGUAAAUAUUCUGAUUGUCAAUUGAAAUCCUGUGUACAACUGCCUUAAUUUUUCCAGUAAAUCUUGGGAAUUAUCCAUAUGCAGACAGCUAGUAUUUAUGAGUUUAAGAAAUUUUAAAGUCGUACUUUGUGUUUCUGGCAGUUUUAGGUGUAAAGAGGCUUAAACCUCAAUAUUGGUUAACAAUACUUGAUAAAUGAAUUAAGUUGAUUAAUAUUAACAAAAAAUUCUCAUUGUACUGUAUUUAAUCCCCCAUAAAACAAAACGUUUUAUUAGUAGGUUGUGGAAGUCCUGGUGCCUGUUUGUGUGGACAAAUGUUAAUAAAGGCCUUGGAAGUCUUUGUCAAGGCUCGUCUAAAAACAACUUAAAAUCACCAGGUCCAUCCUUAUUUCAUAAAAUUUACAAGCUAUUGUGGUCCAGCCGUAAACAGACCUGUACACAUUGUGAUAUUUCAGUACAAAAUGAAAUAUUUGUGUAUAUAACUAAUCCGAAAUUCUUCUAAUAUUCUUUUUACCCGUAUAUUCUUAUAUAUCGCUGUCCAUUGUCUAUGUUAUGAAAAUAGGUUUCUAGAGUAUUUGAAUGUUAAGUUACCCUGCCUUUAUAUAUUCCAUUUGAAUAUGAAGUGAUGUAUAAAGUAAAAUUUUUAUUCAAUUUUGUAUCCUUUUUAACUUCUAGUCUAGUGGUUUGGUUUUGCCAACACGACAUCAUUUGUGAUACUGUUUUAUAAACAAAAACAAGUGAAAAUUACACUUAAUAUUCAUUUUCUUCCAACUGACCGAAAUAUUUGUCUAAAUGAAGAAAAGCAUGAUUUCCCAGUAUGAUUCGUCACCCUAACUGACUAGUGCCUACGGCAUUUGAUGUGGGGGUGUUUAACGAGAUGUCUCAGAAUUCGGAAAUAUUUGUCUAAAUGAAGAAAAGCUCGUUUCCCAAUAUAAUUUAGCACCCUAGCUGUGUUUAAUAGGAUAGCUCAGAACUUUUCUGUUUCUGUUGAUAUCAGCUCUAUAUUGUUUAUACCAAUCUUUAACACGAGAAGAAGUGUGAUCGUACAUUCCUUCACAAUAUUGAUAUUUAUAUGUAUUUCAUUUGUAGAUAUUGUGCAUUAUCUUCAUAACAAUAGGUUAUUGAUUUGGCGUACAAUGGCAUAGAUACAGCCUUGCAGCAUCUUGAAAUACUGUUCUGACUUAUUCUGGGAAUGCAAAUUUUAGAAAAUACCGUAAAUAAUCGGGUAUAGUGCGCACUCGCGUAUAGUGCGCAGGUAUGUUUUUGAGGUUCAUUUUCAAAAAAAAAAAAAAAAAUUAAAUGAGCAAUUUUUUUUUUCAAUAUUCAACUGCGCGGUAGAUGAAUUCUAAAGCAAAAGAUGAUAGGAAUUUGUAACUUAUGAAAGCUUAUUUACCACAUCGUAGUUUUUCUUCAUAUUUGAAUCAGAAUUUAUCAAAUGUUAUUGUUUAUCGAAUAGUCAAUGGUCUGAUAUCAGAAAAUGGUCUUGGUAAACUAAGCAUGUGCAUAAUUAUGAAAACCCAAAGUGCAAUAUAUUACAGUUGAAUGUUGAGAUGCUAACUGCUAGCAAAUGAGAUACACUUAUUUAAUUACUAGCUUUGUUUGGCUGUUUCUAUAUCCACAGGGACUUGACACAAAUUCCCUAACGACAAUCUAUAUAUUAUAUACAUUUGUAUUAUAUGAUAUAUAUCUAUGUACCCUAGUUAGUAAUUUGUGCCAAGUCCCUGUGCUUCUAUUAUGGCUCUAUUGACUCAUUAAUUUGCUGCAACAAUACGUGCUUAGAACAAAAAAUUGUUCAACAUCAUUCAAUGGAAUUUUUCAUCAGUCUCAUUGUCUAGUAUUCAUUUAUUAUUUGUAAUUGUUGUAUUUCUGUUUGGCACGCCUGUUCGAUUAUUGUUUUAAGCUCAAGAUACAUAUAUUUGAGUAAAUGUUGUAUCAAGUUUGAAAGUUAUCGUAAAACUGUGAAGAUAUAUUUAAAACCUUAUCAUAAUUGUAAGUCCUAUUUAAUCCUUAGUGAAAUAUGAAUGUUAUUUAUACAAAAUCUCCUGUAUAUAUUGUAAAUGUUUAAAUGUUAACCUCUCCGUUACCUGUUUGUAUUGGUAAGGACCAGAUCAUAUCCUGUCCUCUGUCACUACGGACGAGCGGUGUUACCGAGGUUUCAGUUUUGCUUACCACGGGACAUUCCAGUAUCGAGUGCUGGGAUUGUGUGAGUGUGUAUAUAAUAUUAUACUUUAUAAAAGUGGGGAAGACUAAUUUUUUUAUGUUUUAUAAUCAAACUGGUGUAAAUAUUGGAUUUAUUAUCAGACAAUUUUAGUCGAAACUUGAAACAAAAAUGUUUCGAAAUUAUCACAAUUCAAUCUCUGUCUCUUUUGCUGUCCUGGUUCAAUUAUUAAUUGUCUAUACUAUAAAGUAUGCUAGUGUUUGAGUUGUCUAUGGCAUGCUUCACACUAAAAUACAAUACAUGUAUUUCUGAAUCUUGUGCUUUUACAUUUUAACAAUUUAACACAGAUUAACUGUGUGUAUAAUGUUUUUAGACUUGUGAAUAAGGGUUAGAGGGUAAAUUCUACUAUUUCUUUGAAAGUUGAAAAUUUGUGAAAAUAUUUACAACUGUGAAAAUGGGAGAUUAUGUUUAAAGCUAUUAAGAUAUAGUUACCUGGUACAAAAUUUCAUUUAUACCACUAAAAACCAAUACAUGUAGUUACUGUAGUAGUAUUAGUUUUAGCAAAAUUGUAUUUUUGUGGUUUCUAUUAACCAUGAAAUCCGCAAAUGUUUGUACACCAGAAAUAUUCCAUGUUUUACAAUGACUUUAAUAUUACAGUAAAUAAGUUCUAAAAGACAAAUAUUUGGUAUUGGAUACUGUGAAAGUGUAAAAAGUUCAUGUGAGGAUUCUAUUUUAUUAACACUAACAAUAACACGAUCUCAAUUUUUUUUCAUCAUUGGUAUUUGUUAACAUAAUUCUCAUUUAUUUCUAAGUCAUUUGAAAUGUUGUAAAUGGGAUAAAGAUGUGCCUACCUGUGAUGAAGUCAAAAUCAGACAGGAAAUCACGAGUUUGGUAAACCUUCAGUCACACUAAUAUGUAAUAAGAAUUUUAUUUUAUUUCUGUUACUAAAAUUCCAUCACUUUUAUUUUUAUUUUUAUUCACUUGUUGCAGCCUGUUCCUCCGUAAUCAACUCAGUUUAAGGAAAAAAAUGAAAGGGAAAAUAAUUUCUUGAUCAAAAAUUUCCAGCUCGCGCCAAGAUUUUGCAAUGGAGAAAGCCAUACAAAGUCAAUAUUGUAUUUGCUGGAGGUUCCAGUCCAAACUUAAAGUAUGAGACAAAUAUGGGCGUGCUUCAGAUAUUGUAUUCAUUGUGCCUGUAGAUCAAUAAUUGCUUGAUAUUGAGAGAGGAAUUCAAGUUCAUACUACAAAAUGACAAGAUUUGUGAUACUGUAUGGAAAUGUCUACCACAUGUUGUACAAUGUAAUAUAAUUUAAAUGUUAUAUGGCAAUGUAUACAUUGUAUGAUGAUCAAUGUAUAAAAUAUAAUGAUUGUAUGUGAGAAUGUUGGAUGGUGUGUUAUAACACUGUCAUGGCAAAUGUACAGACAACAUGUGAUAUUAAGCUAUAAUCUGUGAAAAUAAGGGAAUAUUUUAAUAAACAGAUAAAAUCAC